AUGGGAAAACUGGAUUGUGAUUUAUUUGAGUUUGACGGCAAGGAUUACCUGAUAUUGGCAAAUUAUUACUCCGAUUACUUUGAAAUUGAUCGACUACAUUCCAAGACGGCUACAACAGUGAUACAGAUGAUGAAAUCACAAUUUGCACGUCAUGGAAUUUCUGUUCAGCUCAUAUCAGACAAUGGACCGCCCUUCAGUUCUUUAGAGUUUAAGAAGUUUGCUGAUAAGUUUGAGUUCGAACAUAUUACUUCUUCGCCACGCUAUCCACAGUCGAACGCCAAAGCGGAAAGCGCCGUAAAGACCGUCAAGCAGAUCAUGACCAAAUGUCUACAUGCCAAAACAGAUCCUUUUCUUGCUUUGCUAGAAUGGAGAAACACACCAACAGAAGGAAUUGGUAGUUCUUCAGUACAGAGAUUGUUUGGAAGAAGAACAAGGACUCCUCUACCCGCAACCAGCGAACUGCUCAAACCGAAAACUAUUGACAGAGUUGCCGACAAACUUGCCAGUAGAAAGCUGAAACAAGCUCGAUACUACAAUCUUUCUUCACGUGAUCUACCUGAUUUGCAAUUCGGAGAUGUUGUGAGACUUAAGCCCUAUAACAAAAACAAACUGGCAGAAAGCAAUUGUUGGCCGACAAGUAGAUAA